ACUCAGCAACCCAGAAAGGCCAACCUCAGACAGCAGACGUAUCACUCAAUACUGACUCUGAAAGCAAGGAGGACCACGAGAAGCAAGGCACCUGAAUUAGCAGCAAGUGAGAAGCCAGGGAGAUGUGGAGGAAAGCUAAGGUUAUGGACCAGACAGCGGCUGGUCAAGGUACGAUUUCUAAGGUUUUCACAGGAGUUAGCAUCAAAAAGAAAUCCCGGGUUCCUGGGGUGAUGAUCACGCAGUUUGUGGAGGAAAUCCCGGAGGGGAAGAGCACACCAGACUUCACCCGAAAGCCCAUCGCGAUGACGAUACAGGAGGGUAAAUUGGCCUUCUUCAAAGCCGUCAUCACUGGCCACCCCACUCCAGACGUCACGUGGAAGAGAGCCAAAGGGGACUUACUGGACCCCGAAAAAUUCAGGACUAAAUACGACCAGAAAACGGGCGAAUACUCGUUAGAGAUCAUGACAGUACGGGGGGAGGAUGCAGACACAUAUAAAUGCUUUGCUCUUAAUGAGUUUGGGAAAGCUGUUUGCACAGCCACCUUGAACGUCAUUGAAGUUGGUUUCAAGAGGCACAAAGCAAAGGAAGAGACAGAUUCAGCUCUAAACAGCAAUCCUGCUGAAUUCCGGAAAAUGCUUAGAACACGUGCUGGUGUUGAAAAGUGUGAAAAGAAAGAGGAAACCAUAGAUGCGAAGUUCUGGGAGCUGCUCCUGAGUGCCGACAGGAAGGACUACGAGCGUCUCUGUGCGGAAUACGGCGUCACAGACUUCCGGUGGAUGCUGAAGAAGCUGAAUGAGAUGAAGAAGAAGAAGGAGGAGGAUAACCUGAAACACAUUGAAGUUAAAGGGGAUGGUACCGCGUCGUUCGAGCUUGACUUGGUGCUCAAAGACCCCAGCAGUAGGAUUUUCCUCUACAAGGAUGGCGAUAUGAUCCCUUUCAGUGAGGACAUGGAGAUGAAGCAUCAACUGAAGCAAGUAGGCAAGAAACUGGUUUUCACCAUCAAGGACCUUUUGCCAGAGGAUGCUGGAGUCUAUCAGGUGGACGUUGAAGACGUCAAUGUCUUCUCCACUGAGUUCAAGAUCCCGACUGUUGACUUCCUCGUCAAAAUUAAGGAGGUGAAGGCCAAGGAGAGGGAGGAUGCGCUCUUCGAGUGUGUUUUAUCCCACCCACUGCCUAUGAUCAUAUGGAUUGGCAAGAAUAGCGUGUUGGAGGCAGGGGAGAAGUACGAGAUCAGCGUGUCUGAGGACAAGCUCGUCCAUCGGCUGCUGGUGAGGGACUGCAUGCAGCUGGACAGGGGAAUCUACACUGCCGUGGCUGGGAUCAGGAGCAGCAGCGCCUGGCUAGUGGUGGACGCUGACACUGAUCCCAGAAUGAAUGGGAAGAAGAAGGUCAGGAAGACGACGCAGGCUGGCGGGUCCGGAGUAGACCUGGAGGCUGUGGCCCAGGAGCAGCUGGCCAAGCUGCUGAAAGAGAAGGAAGAAACAAAGUGGCUGAAGGAAAAAGAGGAGGCGAAGCUGCUGAAGGAGAAGACGGAGGCCAAGUGGUUGAAUGGGAUGGAGGAGGCCAAGUGGUUGAAUGGGAAGGAGGAGGCCAAGUGGUUGAAUGGGAAGGAGGAGGCCAAGUGGUUGAAUGGGAUGGAGGAGGCCAAGUGGCUUAAUAGGAAUGAGGAGGCCAAGUGGCUGAAUGGGAAGGAGGAGGCCAAGUGGUUGAAUGGGAUGGAGGAGGCCAAGUGGUUGAAUGGGAAGGAGGAGGCCAAGUGGCUGAAUGGGAAGGAGGAGGCCAAGUGGUUGAAUGGGAUGGAGGAGGCCAAGUGGCUUAAUAGGAAUGAGGAGGCCAAGUGGUUGAAGAAAAUGGGGGAGGCCAGGCUCCUGAAGGAGAAAGAGGAAGCCAAGCUGCUGAAGGAGAACAAGGAGGCCAAACAGCUGAAGGGGAAGGAAGAGGCCAAGCUGCUGAAAGAAAAGGUGGAGGCCAAGUGGCUGAGGGAGAAGGAGGAGGCCAUACUGCUGAAGGAAAAGGAGGGAGCCAGGCUAAUUAAAGAGAAGGAGGAGGCUAAUUGGCUGAAGGGGAAGGAGGAAGCCAAGCUGAUGAAGGAGAAGGAGGAGGCCAAGCUGCUGAAGGGAAUGGAGGAGACCACAUGGCUAAAGGGACUGGAGGAGACCACACUGCUUAAGGAAAAGGAGGAGGCCAAGCUGAUGAAGGAGGAGGUCAAACUGCUGAAGGGAAUGGAGGAACCCAAAUUGCUGAAGGACAAGGCAGAGGAAAAGCUGCUGGAGAAGAAGGAGACGACCAGACCCAACCCUCCAAGGUUUAACCCUGAUGACCUGGAGAAGUUCUCAGGGCCGGUCAUUGUGAAAGCAGGGCAAAAUGCGACAUUCAAGAUACCCUUCCUGGGGCAGGACCCAGCAAGGGUCCAGUGGUACAGAGAAGGUGUAGAGCUGCUGGAAAAUCCGAACAUCAAGCUGGAGAAGAUGGCCAAUCAGAGCCGCCUGCUCCUCCGAAAGUGUCAGCGCAAGGACACAGGCGAGAUCAAGGUCAAAAUCAAAAAUGAAUUUGGUACCGCCGAAGCCAUCUCCAGGCUGAUUGUCCUGGACAAGCCCAGCCCACCACAAGGCCCCGUGGAGGUCCUCGAAAGCUCUGCCACGUGCAUCGAGAUCAAGUGGAGGCCACCUAAGGACAAUGGGGGCUCAUCGGUGAUGAGCUACACACUGGAACGGCAGCAGAUCGGAAGGAACACAUGGAAGAAGCUGGGAGACGUAGAGCCGGUGCCCAGAUACAAGGACACAGAUGUGGACCAUGGUAGAAAGUACUGCUAUCACAUUUGGGCAGUAAACAGAGAGGGUGUGAGUGACAUGAUGGAGACUGAAGACGUCAUGGCAGGAACCAAGGCAUUCCCUGGCCUACCAGCUGCACCCAAAAUAGUCAGUGCUUUCAAGGACUGCAUCAAUCUUUCAUGGACCCCCCCAACCAAAACCGGUGGGUCGCGCAUCGUGGGAUACAACCUGGAGAAACGCAAAAAAGGCAGCAACCUAUGGACCCCAGUCAACCCUGCAAAGGAGCCUAUUCAAGAGAAGACAUAUGCGGUGGGAGACGUUGUGGCCGGAAUGGAGUAUGAGUUCCGCGUGGCAGCCAUAAACCUGUCCGGUGUCGGCGAGCCAAGCCUCCCAUCUGAGUCUGUGUUUGCAAGAGACCCCAAGAAGUGUCCUGGCAAAGUCAGCGACCUGAAGGUGACAGACUCCACCUUCGCCAUCCUGUCCCUCUCUUGGAGUAAGCCUGCUGUGGAGGAGGGGGUCCAGGAUGAGGCCAAGGGCUACUUUGUGGAGAUUCGGCCGGGAGACAGCCUGGCCUGGGAACGGUGUAAUGCCAACCCAGCCUCUCUGACCUUCUUCACGGUGAAGGGGUUACGGUCCAUGGCCAUGUACUGGGUGAGGGUCAUAGCCACCAAUGAGGGGGGGGAGGGGCAGCCCCAGGAUCUGGACAACUACAUCCUAGCCAUGCCUCCUACAGUCAGACCCAAAAUCACCCGCAACCUGAAGACCUUCAUGGCGGUGAAAGCUGGGAAUUCAGUGCGAGUCAACAUAAACUUUGUGGCUUCCCCAAUGCCUGAUGUCAUCUGGUUGAAGGACAACGUCCCUGUGACAAAAAGAGUGACUAUAAGCAAUUCUGAAGGAACAUCACAGCUCUUCAUCCCAACAUCCGAGCGCUCAGAUUCAGGGCUGUACACCAUCAUCAUCAGGAACUUAGUGGGACAGGAAACAUUCAGCGUCGAGAUCCGAGUUACAGAUGACCCCAAGCCACCUGGCGUGGUGGAGCUGGAGGAGAAGGUGCCAGGCACAGUGACUGUGAGCUGGGAACCGUCACCAGACGAGAAGCGUGACGACCGUCUGCACUACAUGGUCUCCAGACGGGACUCCAGCAAGAAAACAUGGAGCACGAUAGCCGAUCGCCUCUUCAACAACAAGUUCACGGCCUGCAACAUCAUGCCAGGCUGCGAGUACCACUUCCGAGUCUACGCCAAGAACGACAUGGGCGUCUCGGAACCCUCAGACUCACCUACGUGGGGGACAGCCAGGAAGAGAGAAAAAUUUGUGGUCAGCAUGCCAGUGUACAAGGCCCACGACCUGCGGAGGGCGCCCUCAUUUCUUGUGCCGCUGAAGACUCACACUGCCCCCCCCGGCUAUGAGUGCUACAUGAGCUGCGCAGUGGGUGGCAACCCAGCCCCCCGCAUCACUUGGCUGCGCAACAACGUCAGCCUCAAUGCCGACGCCAACUACUACAUCAGCAACACCUGCGGCGUCUGCUCCCUGCUGAUCCUGCGCGUGGGCCCCCACGACACGGGCGAGUACACGGUGAUGGCAGAAAACCGCCUAGGGAGGGCGCACUGCUCCACCUGGCUCACCAUCACAGAUUAAAGAAGAUCGCUGUUUAAUAACCAGAUCACAUUUGGUGUGCAGUGUUUGCACACUGGCUACCCACUGAUCUCACUCACCUGAGCAUGUGAUUAGUGAACGUGCUAAUCGUGUUUAUAAAUAUAGUAUUUAAUGACAUUCAGUUGCAUCUCCAAGUAUGACUGUAUCUAAAUCAUUACAUAGGCCUCUAUCAUUCUGCAGUUUUUAAAAUAAAAUCUAUAUUUGUCUACAAAAAUGAAUGCAAGCAUGCAAUUGUUAUCAUUAAAUUGUUAAUUCUGCAACAUGUUCAUUCUGAAAAACAUAUAACUAAAAAGUUAUAUGAACUAAUAUCAAUAUAUAUAUGUGUGUGUAUUUGAAGUAUGACAGUCAAGUUAAAAUUUGACAAUACUCGUUUAUAAACUGAUUGAAAAUCGAGUGUAUCCUUAAUGUGUGAUAUAUGCAGUGCUUAAUAAUGGUGUUCUGUUACGAGUUAAAUUAUUUGUUGUUAGCAUUGUGUGACAUGCCAAUAAUCCACUUGAUAUGCAGUACAAAUUUUGUAUUGUUUUACAGCAAUUACAGCACAACAUAGGCAUUUAAAUAAACCAUACUAAGUUGGCCUACUCCGUGACUCUCUAUUCCUGUUACUUUGAUGCUCUUUU